CCGGGGAGGCUGGGCGAGCGACUCGCGUAGCUGUGGCGGCCCAGGCGCCCUUCCGGUUCUCCCCGUCGACAACAUGCUCCAGUUCCUGCUUGGAUUUACUUUUGGAAACGUGGUAGGAAUGUACCUGGCUCAGAACUAUGACAUACCAAACCUGGCUAAAAAACUUGAAGAGAUUAAAAAGGACCUUGAAGCCAAGAAGAAACCCCCUAGCUCCUGAGGCUGCUGCAAGCACUGCGUUCUGUACACACUGCUCUCCUGCCUGCAGUGGCCUCCCUGGCCUUCUGUUCCCAAAUUUUUCUGUGUGCCGUCUCCAGUGUCAGCGAUUUUCCUCUUUUCUAGACUACAUGGCCUCAGUGUGAAAAUGGGGUCCCAAGUCAGGAACUAUUCUUCACAAUUUCAGCUCCUCAUGUCUUCCCAUGUCUUUUUUCCAGCUCUUCGGGAUGCUCAAAGACUGAAAUUAUGGUGCU